GCGCGCAGGCCGGAAGGAGCGGGGCAGCGGCGGCUAAAUGGAGCGGGGCCGGCGGGAGGGUGGCGGCCCGGUGAGUACCGCCCGGGGGCUGCGCCGUGCGGGGCGCCCCGGGAGGCGGCAGAGCGGCAGCGGGCCGGGCGGGGACGGCUCGGGGCUGCCUCAGCCUCAGGGCUGCUUCGGCCUCAGCUCCUCGCAGCCUCCGCCGUGCCGGGGCCGUGCUCGGCGCUGAGUGCCCGCGGGGCUGCGGCCCUGUCCCGGGCCCUCCUCCCCGGGCGGGGCUCGGCGCUUCUCCUACCCCUCCGCGUGGUCGUGGGGACGGCUGUGAGAGGGGAACCCGGCGCUCGGUGUCCUCAGGGCCGUGUCGCUGAGACCUCUCUGCCCCCGUGCUCUGUGGGUCACGGUGCCGGCCCAGCUGGCCGAGAAGUCCCAAGCGCUCAGUCCGGCUGUGAUGGGGGCUCUGAGGCCGCGCUUCCAUGGGGCGGCCGGGGGGAGGUGGGGGGUCCCGGCGGAAGGCACGUGUGGGCCGGCACAGUGCCCCACGGGUGUGUGGCUGAGCCCCGGCUGCUCCCACUCAGAAACGCAGCCCCGGCCGUGUGCUUCUCAGUUUGCGGUCCCGUUAUGACCAGAAGCAUCAUCGCCUCUGUGUCCUCCAGCAGCUUAUCCGGGAUCUCACCGAAGUGCUCUCGUACCAGGAACGGAACGCACGUGGAGAAGCUCAGCCCCUCUGCGAAGCGCUGUGGUGCAGCCGCUGCUUUGGGACUAAUGGUGCUUUGCAUUGAAAAGGCUGAUAUGGUGCUGCCGUGCACCUGUGCUUCUGUUACUACUGCAGUCUCUUCUUGCGUUUGUGUUGAAGCAUACUGAGUGCUGUGCUGCAAUCCUGAAAGCAAUAGCUGCUUGUCUUUGUUGGAGCAACUGCAGGAGGCUCCCGGCAGCAGCAGAGUGUGAGUUCCUCACUCUAGCCUGAGUGCCAUGCCUGGGCCUUGAUGCUUCUGGGAACAGCUACUGAAAAUGGCAGAGAGAGCUGGAAAUGAAGAAGCAGUUCACCUAAGCAGCUUCCAUAGCCACAGAGGAAAAGACCGAAUAAACCGCAGGGAUGAAGGUCUUAUCACAAUAUCAGAUUCCUCGGAUGAAGAAUUGCCUUUGCAGGAAACACCAGCAGAGCAGCAGCACGAGGAUGAUGAUGAUGAAGAUGUGGUCAUCUUGGCAGAGACCUCCAAGCAUCAGCAGCUCGUGCGUCCCAACAUCAUCAGACCUGCUGCUCAGUGGCAGGGUGCGAACGCUGUGGGAGAAGGAGGAUCUAAAAAUGCUGUAGGGCCUUUGGGGAGUGCGUGUGUGCAGGAUGAGGUCUCAGCUCUGCUGGGCCAGAAAGAUCACACGGUGCAGAGCAGUGCUGGACCAAGCAAGGAAGAGAGCGUGAACUUUGCCUUGCAGCAGCCUGGACCACCUGAGCUGAAUGGCCCCAGGUCUGAACUUACGAGUGACCCCGAGCCUGGCCCGAGUUUGUUUCCAGCAAUAAAAACGAGUGCACAGCUUGUUAACAGGGACCUCGUUAGUCUGGGGAAAGCAGACUUUCCACCGCCACAAGGGGAAAAGGUGGAAGCCCAGGGCUGGCGAGGGGAGGACUGGAAGGCAGAGCUCUCACAGAACGUUGAAGGAGCAGCUGCUGCAACCACCAACACAGAGCAGGAGAUCCAGGACAGCAGCCCGCCGGGUCCCCCCUGCCUGCAGCCGCUGGACGAGGAGCCGCGCGCUGUGCUGAACGGCUGCGUGCCGCAGCAGGGGCAGCCCGAGGCAGGGUCAGCAUCUCUGAGGGCAUAUGGAGAGGAGGCUCCAGGGCCGGCCUUCCCCAGACCGGAGCCACAGCAGGAUGGCAUUCCGGGUCCUGCUUCGCCGCAGCCAGCACAUCCACCAGAGGAGACGAGGGGACGGCAGGCGACAGACAACGAGCAGCCUGGCCCGGCCUUCCCAGCACAGGGCUCGCAUGAACUCGGAUCUAGCAGUGUGCCAGAACAAGGGGCUGCCGGGCAGGAGGACCAGGACUUCACUGCUCUGCUCAUCAGAGAGACGGAAGCGAGAUUUCCAGAUGUGAGGAAGGAAUAUAUUGAAGAGCUAAUCAGCAUCAAGGACUGCUAUGACUUAAACGUACUUUGUAACUUCCUUCUGGAAAACCCAGAUUACCCAAAGAAGGAAGGCAGAAUGGUUUUAAAUCCCAGCAGCAGCCUGCUUGCCAGCCAAGAUGAGACAAAGGUGCCUAAAGUGGACUACUUUGACUUCUCCAAGCUUGCCCCGCUCGACCAGCGGUGCUUUAUUCAGGCAGCUGACCUUCUCAUGGCAGACUUCAAGAUGCUGAGCAGCCAAGACAUUAAGUGGGCGCUACAUGAACUCAAGGGACACUAUGCAAUCACACGAAAGGCCUUUUCAGAUGCCAUCAAAAAGUGGCAGGAGCUGUCUCCGGAAACCAGUGGGAAACGAAAAAGGAGAAAAGAAAUGAAUCAGUAUUCAUAUAUAGAUUUCAAAUUUGAGCAAGGGGAUGUGAAGAUUGAGAAGCGGAUGUUCUUCCUGGAGAACAAGAGGCGGCACUGGAGGUCCUAUGACAAGCUCUCGCUUCUCCCACCAGUGCUACUGGAGCAGGAAUUCUAUGAGCAAAAAGUUAAAGAGAUGGCAGAGCAUGCAGACUUUCUCCUUGCUCUGCAGAUGAAUGAGGAACAAUAUCAGAAGGAUGGUCAGAUGAUUGAGUGCCGCUGCUGUUAUGGGGAGUUUGCUUUUGAAGAGCUAACCCAGUGUGCAGAUGGUCACUUGUUCUGCAAGGAGUGCCUAAUUAAAUAUGCUCAGGAGGCAGUCUUUGGCUCUGGGAAGUCAGAGCUCAGCUGCAUGGAAGGCAGCUGCACGUGUUCGUUCCCCACCAGCGAGCUGGAGAAGGUGCUUCCAGAAACCAUCCUGUGUAAAUACUACGAGCGGAAAGCCGAGGAGGAGGUGGCUGCUGCCUGUGCAGAUGAGCUUGUCAGGUGUCCCUUCUGUAACUUCCCAGCUCUACUGGACAACGAUGUGAAGAGGUUCAGCUGCCCUAAUCCCCGCUGCAGAAAGGAAACGUGUCGGAAGUGCCAGGGGCUGUGGAAGGAGCACAUGAACCUCACCUGCGAGCAGCUGGCCGAGAAGGACGACAUCAAGUAUAGGACAUCCAUAGAAGAGAAAAUGACAGCGGCCCGCAUCAGAAAGUGCCACAAGUGUGGGACCGGCCUGAUCAAAUCGGAGGGCUGCAACCGCAUGUCGUGCCGCUGCGGAGCGCAGAUGUGCUACCUGUGCCGGGCUGCCAUCAACGGGUACGACCACUUCUGCCAGCACCCCCGCUCACCCGGUGCCCCCUGCCAGGACUGCGCCAAGUGCUCUCUGUGGACGGAUCCCACAGAAGAUGACGAGAAGAUAAUUCAGGAGAUUCAGAAGGAGGCUGAAGAGGAGCAGAGGAAGAAGAACGGAGAGAACAGCUUCAAGCGGAUCGGCCCUCCGGUGGAAAAGCCCAUGGAGAAAAUGCAGAGAAUCGAAGUCAUCCCCAGACCUGUUCCUCAGAACCUCCAUCAGCCACGGAUGCCUCCUUACCCCUUCGUGCACCCUCCCUUCCCGCUGCCCCCCGUCCGUCCCAUGUACAAUAACAUCCCCCUCAACAUCGGCCCCAUCCCCGCCCCCUACGUGCCCCCAUUGCCUAACAUGAGGGUGAACUAUGAUUUUCCCCAGAUCAACGUUCAGCUGGAGCACAACUUGCCUAUGCACUUCGGCCCUCAGCCUCGGCACCGGUUCUGACCUGGUUUGGGUAGCAUUGGUCGCUGCAGGACGAAGCCCCCAGUAACGUCACCCCGUCCUGCUGCAGCCCCCCACCAUAGCCAGCUGCAAGGGGAGCUGCUGCGACUCGCACACACCUGCACUACACCCUUAUCUACAGCUUCUCCGGACCUUUACAAUCAAACAUUUCGACCUGUGCUGCAACAGGGCUUGGUGCUGCAUUUCCAAGGUCUCUUCCUAUGUUGGGAGUCCUUUUAUUUUAUUUUAUUUUUAUUUUCAUUUGGCAAAGACUAUUCAGACAGCUGCUGGGAGGGAGAAUGAGACUUGUGGAGCACAGGGGAUGCAAAAGAUCCUUGGGAGUCUUCCAAAACUCCAACCUUCCUUCUGGCCAGAGCAGCUGCAACAGCCUGAGUCCUGCGGGAAGGGAGGAGGGACUUGGCACCUGAGUAGGACCUUCAGGAACAAGGUAAUGGGACUCAGCUGCCCUAAGCCCAAGGUUUGGGGUUCCCACAUUCUCCAGCAUCCCUGUAACCUGCUAACGCCUCCCAGCAGAAAUAAAUUGUUCCAAACCAAGUUAACGUAGUGUAUUUAGCAUUUCUCGCUCUGCAAGGAGUGAGGGGAUGCAGCAGCCAUCUCAUUGCUCAGUUCUUGGUCAGCAGCCCACAGCCACGUCCCGGCUCAGGGCUCCAGGAAGCAGAAAGCUCGGCCACCUCGAUCCUUGAGAGCACCGUUUGCCCCUUCUGCAGGCUCAGGUGUUCUUCCCCAGCAGAAAGCUGCCCCCCAGCUUCCAGCACACAGCAUUUCUUUUGCUGUUCUCAUGCGGGCAUCCCAAAUCCCCACCUGUUUCUAGCAGCAGUCAGGGAUAGGUAAUAGACAGCUGUGUGUGACAUGUGCUGUGGUGUAAGUGUUGGUAACCACCGGCGUGUUCUGCACAUGGGGGCUGUGCUUUGUGUCUGGGACAGCCCCCCCAAAAGCAGCCAAGUGUUUGGAGGGGCAAACCCAGCAGGAGCUCCAGGCUGGCUCUUACCCACCCCCCUGUGCAGUGGUUCCUGGGUUGUUUGGGCUGUGCUGCAUCCUCCUCUCCCCUGCUGAGAACCAGCCUGCUGCAGCUCCCUGCUGGCUUUCCCCCACGUUCCAGCAUCCAGGUGUCCCCAGGCUGUUUGUUUUUCAGGUAGCACUUCCUUGCCUUUCAGAGUUCGGUCUCUGCUGUCAGACAUUUCCUGUGGGCUGAAUGCAUCCUACCCAGCGUUCCCAGCCCUCAGUGCCGUGGUCUCUAGCAUUAAUAACCGAGUGGCAUUCACUUGCUGCUAUCACUUAUGAUGUAUAUAUAUUUUUAUUUUUCCUUCUUAGUUUGUUCCUGGAGACAGCCCUGGGCCCAAUGUGCGUGAGUCACUGAGAUCUGCCCACCUCUCUGCCAGGUGGGUGAUGGGUGCUCAGUGCGCCUCUGCCCUGGGGAUGGAGGUGGCACUCAGUGCUCUGCUAUGGCUCUCAUCUGCUCUGCAUUGAUGCAGCACUGCAGGAUCUCUCGCAGGCGCAGUCGCACCCUUUGCUGCUCUCCUGCAGCGGCCGUGUCCAGCUCCCGUGUGCCCUCAGCACAGGCAGUGCGGUGAUAGCAGAAGUGGGGCUCCCAUUCCCUCUUUAGAUGCUUUGCAGAGAUGCAUGGCAGCAUUGGGACCUCAGCCUGGGCAGGGAGAAGCUCGGGGAUGGAGAAAAAGGGACAGAAGCAAUGCGGUGAGAUAUGGCACCGGAGGUGGCACGGGGUGGGUGCUGCCUGGGGUCUGUCCCCAUGCCUGUGGGUCACACCAUCACACCCAGGGCUCACCCUGCUGCCCCGAAGCCAUGUCACACAGCAGGGAGAGCCCUGCAGGGUUACAGAGAGGGGCAGGGAUGGGGCUGUUCCCCUGCAGAAGCACGGAGCUGUGUGCCCGGGUUGCUCCUUCCCUCUGGCCCAGGGAGGUGCCCAGCAGCGCUUCCUGAUCACGUUUGAGUCCAUUGCUGGUUUGGGCCGUUCUGUUACAAAAGCAAAGCUCUGCACAGCCGGCAGAGCCCCGGGGCUGCCUGCGUCCCCUCGUGCCCCGCAGGAGCCGUGGCUGCAUCCUCUACCAGGUACUCAUUAUGGUGAAUUGCGGUGUCCCGUUUAACUUGCCUUAAAGGUGGGGAGAGAAACUUAGUAUUUGCACUUAGCAAAACGUCCUGUUGAAAGAAAGGAACCCUUGUAAAGACGUGCAUGAUCUGCAACUUUGUAUAACGAUAGCCGAAAACAAAUAGGUUGGUUUAUUGAAAUAAAAUAAAGGAAUAUUUUUCUUUACCUUCUGGUAGUCAAACCGCUCUCCUAUGCUGUGUGUACAGAGUUGCCCUGUAUUAUAUUGUAAUUUGGAUUUUUUUUUUCCUUUUUUUUUUCUUUUUUGUAAAUAAAUCUGUGCAUUCUGGCUCCCA